AUGGAAAAAAAUUGUUUAUCAGUUUUAGAUGAUCUCAACAUGGAAAUGGCCAUCAAAGCAACUGCUUUUUCAUGUAUUGGAACAGCUGGGCAAAGGUGCACCACAACACGACGAUUAAUAUUACAUCGUAAUAUUGAGAGACAGUUCAUAGACAAAUUAAAAGAAGCAUAUAGGUUUAUUUUGGGCCGAAUCGGUGAUCCUCUAGACAACGCAACCUUAUACCCUCCUUUGCACAACCAACAUUCACUUGAAAUUUACGAGGAUACUAUAAAGGAAAUUGUUAAAAUUGGUGGAAAUAUUGAAUUUGGGGGAAAAAGAAUUAAUAGAAAGGGAUUCUAUGUACAGCCAACCAUAGUGUCUGGAUUAGAGCCAGAUGCAGAAGUAGUUCAAAGAGAGACAUUUGCACCUAUCGUUUAUGUGUUUAACGUCAAUUCAUUAGAAGAAGCAAUAGCGAUAAAUAAUAAUGUUGAACAAGGCCUUAGUAGUUCUCUUUUUACAGAAAAUGUGACAGACUUAUUUAAGUGGAUAGGUCCAGAAGGAUCUGACUGUGGAAUCGUCAAUGUAAACAUUGGAACCAGUGGAGCUGAAAUAGGUGGUGCAUUUGGAGGAGAAAAAUCAACAGGAGGAGGACGUGAAAGUGGUAGUGAUGCAUGGAAACAGUACAUGAGAAGAUCAACAGUAACAAUUAAUUAUGGAAAAGAUUUGUCAUUGGCACAAGGGAUAAAAUUUGAAUGACACCUAUUUAUUGACUAAAAAUCUUAUAAAAUCAACUGCUAUAUCAACACUUUUUUUUUUAUGAAACUUAUAAGUAGAAGGUACAUCAAAUCGUAAUUCUGCUAUAACUUGACUUUUCAAACCAAAUUGCUGAGCUUUUUGAAGAAUAUGAUUUCGAGUACUUGUCUUAUGAAGUGAAUAUAUCACUUUACACGAUAUUUUUGAAGCAACAUCUAAAAAUUGUAUGUCCAUCCCAUGAUUGUGCUUGGUACCAAACGGUGGAUUCAUUAGAACAGUGUGGAAGAAAUUUUCAUAAUGUCCUGAAAAAUAAUAAAAUUAACAUCCUAAUUUUCUUAAAA